AUGUCGACAACACACACAGUGAGCCUGCUACAAUGGCAGCAAACGUACGAUCUCUUCACUGAGCAUAUCGGCAACACACAUAGUGAGCCUGCUACCAAAUGGCAUUCAACACAUUCGAUUCUUCCCAGCCUCCUACCUCCCUACCAGACCCUACGAAUCGACAAGUGCAUGAGUUUACGGAAGUGGUCUAUGUCAGUCAGGUCAUUGGCUGCUGAGUACUCGCUAUGGCAGCUUAGGACGGGUAGGCCUACGGGGUACCGGCAGUCGAAGCGGACUAUGGCAAGAAGACUGGGCAAGAGGCUGGAGAAGAGUAUGGAGAAUCUUGCUGGUACGCAGGCAAGAUGUGGCUACAUCUCCAGGAUCUCUGAAGGACAAAUGUGGGCAUGGCACAGUCAAGACCAGCAUGCGAUCCGGCAAAACCUCGGACAUGGUGUUUUUGAACGAAUUGAAACCAUCCGAUGUUUUCGACUACUACCACUACACCUCGGCAAAUCGUCUCCGGUCGAGGCCUACACGGACUAUGGAUGUUUGGAGACACAGGGCAAGCAAUGGGCGUGCAUCUCCGGUCUACCAGCCAUGGGGGCCAUGGCUCUUUGA